AUGGCUACCGCCACCCAUAUCAGCGUGUCCCCCAACGAUACGGGGCUUCUCGGGCUUCACCAGAAGGCCGAUUCUGCAAAAAAGGCAUCCGAAAUGUUGCAGGCGGAUAUGGAGAGAUACCAUGUUUUCUUUAACAACGAUAAGGGUUUUCACAAUCAUCUGGCCCACCACAUUUUAACCACCUAUGCUUUGGGGGCGUCCCCAGAUGUCAUCCAGGAGGCUUUCGACCGCACUGCUGCUUACCAGCUGCCUCGUCGCCUAGUCGAUGAAGCGAUAGUGCAGAAGCUGAGUGACAAGAUCCAAUUCAAUUCUUAUGUAGGAAUACCGGAUCAAUAUCCUAACUUCCUAGCAUAUUUUCAGCGCCAAAUUGAAAACAGGGGGAUAGAGCCAGUGGUGAAUGAGUACCUUUUCGCCGGGGAUAAGCUAGCGGAUGAUAUGCUUGUCCGGCUCUUCGCUGGAGUCAUUCACCCGUUCAUCCAGCUCGGAUUUGGCUUCGAGUUCAACCAGCCAGCCAUUGUUGCAGAGGCACUUGCCGAAACUGCAGUUCAUGAAUCAAACCUUACAUUCCUCCUGCCUGCCGAGGAGGUAGCAGGCGGUGUUGGGAAAGAGGGGAAGAAGCCCCUCUCUCAGCUCCUGCGGGAGAUUCGCGCAAACACCAAAUUGCGGGAAGCAGGGCGCUGGGAAGAUCCGAAUAAAAUCAACGGAUUGUUGGCUCGAGCUCCAGACGAGAUCAUUGAAAUUGCGAGCCAAUUCUCAGUGGGUCCAGACCAGCUGGAAGAGAAGCUAGCCGAACUGUUCAACGCUGUUGCCUAUUUCGCUGGCGCAGCACAGCGUCCCAACAAGAGGAUCAAAUUCGAUUUUUUCUACAUGCACUGCGUUACCAGCACAAUUUUCCUGGCUGCAUUCGCCACCCAGCCGUGGAUCAGUAAGCAGAACAAACUACGCGUCCUGGAGUGGAAAGGUCGUGUGGACCUCAUGAUGUACGCCUCUCGUGGUGCUGCAGAGCUCCGACUGGAAGAAAUUGCAAGCUACAAACCAAAAAUAUCGUGGGAGGAAGUGUUUGCCCAGGCCAUUCACCAUCCCCGGGAAGACGGGCAUGUGUCAAAGUUUGUCCGCACGCUUGCGUAUGGGGAGAAGCUGUGUAAACCGUUUGAAGCGGAUGAGAAGUAUCAAGAGGCGUUCUUAGUCAGGGGAGAUAUGUGGAUUAAGCUGGCGAACAUGGUUAUCGAUUCCGUCCAGGGCGACGACGAGAUGUGGAUUAGGCAUGUUGGCGACGACCGGGCGUGGGAAGGGGUUGCGGAGAGAUAA